GUUUCAAUCGGUUAAGUCUCGCCUUCUAAUCGGUGUGAAAUUGUCAUAUCAUUCGAGGAUUGUUUUCUUGAGAUCGAGAAACUACCCGAUAUAAUUGCCUAGCUCGACACGAAACACAGCUCAGUCUUCAUCCUGUGCCCGACGAGAAAUGGGAAUCCCUGGAUCAUGGGCUGUCAGCCUCUUGCUUUUGUUGUUUUGUCUGGGAACAAGAUGGACGGCAAUAAAUGCAAAAAUCGACAGAACGAAGAGAACAAUCUUUACGACUCAAAGAGAAACGAAAUUUUUAAAUAACGAUAAUCUCAGGAAAAUUAAUGACGAAAUUUUGAUGAUAGCAGAGACUCGAAAUGUAAUUCCUAAGAAAAAGAAUAACGAUGAAACGUUGGAUCAACGAGUGGAUCCAUCGAAUAUAGCGAUGGUGAACAUUGAUAAUCUGAAGGACUUGGAAAAUUUAGAGCACGUUUUAUCUAUCGUGGAAUACGAGCCAUGAAAGAUUAAUAAGAAAGAAAAAAGGAAAAUUAUGGAUACUUUUAAUGAUAAUCUUGAUACCAUAACUUACAGUAAUGAAAAUGCAAAUCCAGUAACUCCAGAUGUUACCAGUCUCUACUACGAAGUACCACGAACUAUGGAGCCCAAUAAAGUAACAAUAACUCCUCAAUACGAUACUAGAGCCAACCAACACGCUCCAAAAUCACUGAAAACCGAGCAAAAUCCAAAAUCUCAAAACAGGGAGUACAAGUACCCAGUCACAACUUUCAAACGUAAAUCUUCCAGAAUUCAUAUUACGCCAAAUUCUUCUCCUACCACCUCUCCAAGUGACAUUUCUUAUUCGACCAAAGCAAAUAGAAGAAAGAAAGCGCGUAAACGAACGAAAAAUAAAUCUUUAACGAAGCAAGAAGCUAAAUUUUUAGAAAAUGAUGAUAAUUAUCCUAUCCCUGAAAAAUCGAUUAACAAUGAAGAUAGAAACAAAUCAAGGAAAUUGAACUUGCAAAUCAAAUCCAAUAUUGAGCCUAGACCAUUUUCAUCUGUGGCCAGAUCUGCUGAGAAAAGUCAGGAGAGUAAUUUAGGAAAGUUAAUCAAUAGUGAGAUAAAUUUUAACGUCUCUGAUAGAAAUAUUCAUCCAAAUACUGUGAAGAUCAACGAUGAUUCUUCAAAGAUAAUGGAUCCACUAAAAAUCUCUUCGUCCGAAUCGAAGAGAAAAUUAUACGAAGAAGAUAGUUCUACAAUAAAGAGCAGUGCUUUAUUCACAUCCACUGAUCGUAACGAAUUCUUUAAACCAAAUAGAGACAAUCCUUCUUAUAAAAAUGUUCAAACCACUGAGAGAAAUGAUUUCUUUGACAGUGAAUCGGUGACUACUCAAUCGAAUUCGUAUAAAAAUAUUCCAACGACAAUUGAUUCAACGAAUCCAAUUGUAUCCACUUCCACAGAAUCCAAUCUGUAUUCCCCUAAUCAUAUGUACUACUAUCCGCCAUUGUUGUCUACAAUGGCGCCACUGCGAUAAUUUGAGGUUAGAUCCACUGUCGAAAAUGAAUCAAAAAUAGAUGAUUCGAACGAAGAAGACAAAGAAAAUACGAAGGAAGACAAUGAAGAAAUUGAUAAAGC